UGCCCACAGCACUGCUCUGCGCCUACGGCUUCUUCGCCAACCUCAGGCCUUCCGAGCCCUUCCUGACGCCCUACCUGCUUGGGCCGGACAAGAACCUGACGAAGAGGGAGGUCUUAAAUGAAAUUUAUCCAGUAUGGACUUACUCCUACCUGGUGCUGCUGUUUCCCGUGUUCCUUGCCACCGACUACCUCCGUUACAAACCUGUGGUUCUGCUGCAGGGACUCAGCCUUAUUGUUACAUGGUUCAUGCUGCUCUACGCCCAGGGACUGCUGGCCAUUCAGUUCUUGGAAUUCUUCUAUGGCAUCGCUACAGCCACUGAAAUUGCCUAUUAUUCCUAUAUCUACAGUGUGGUAGACCUGAGCAUGUACCAGAAAGUUACAAGCUACUGUCGAAGUGCCACCUUGGUGGGCUUCACGGUGGGCUCCGUGCUAGGGCAGAUCCUCGUCUCAGUGGCAGGCUGGUCCCUCUUCAGCCUGAACGUCAUCUCUCUUACCUGCGUUUCUGUGGCUUUCGCAGUGGCCUGGUUUCUGCCUAUGCCACAGAAGAGCCUUUUCUUUCAUCAUGUCCCUCCCGCCGACCAGGGGAGGAAUGGUGUCAAGGUACAGAAUGGUGGCAUUGCCACUGACAUCUCAACCUCUAACCACCUUCCCCAGUGGGAGGAUGUUGAAUCAAAAAUCCCUCUAAAUACAGAAGAACCUCCUGUGGAGGAACAGGAGCCCAAGCCAGCCCGUCUGCUUGUGCUGAAGGUCCUGUGGAAUGACUUCUUGAUAUGCUACUCCUCUCGCCCACUGCUCUGCUGGUCCGUGUGGUGGGCCCUCUCCACCUGUGGCUAUUUCCAAGUGGUGAACUAUGCACAGGUCCUGUGGGAGCAGGUGAUGCCUUCUCGCCAUGCUGCUGUCUACAACGGCGGUGUGGAGGCCGCUUCAACCUUACUGGGUGCUGUUGCCGUGUUUGCAGUUGGUUACAUUAAAAUAUCCUGGUCAACUUGGGGAGAGCUGACACUGUCUCUGUUUUCUCUCCUGAUUGCUGCCGCAGUGUAUAUCAUGGACACUGUGGAUAACAUUUGGGUGUGCUACGCAUCCUAUGUCGUCUUCAGAAUCAUCUACAUGUUACUCAUCACCAUUGCAACUUUUCAGAUUGCCACAAACCUCAGCAUGGAGCGCUACGCCCUAGUGUUUGGUGUGAAUACCUUCAUUGCUCUGGCACUGCAGACCCUGCUCACGCUCAUUGUGGUAGAUGCCAGUGGCUUUGGCUUGGAAAUUACCACUCAGUUCUUCAUCUACGCUGGUUAUUUUGCACUCAUCGCUGUGGUUUUCCUGGCUAACGGUGCGGGCAGUAUCAUGAAGAAAUACAGGAAGCGGGAAGAUCCAGAAUCAAGUUCUCAAGUAAACCCUUCAUAAUCCACUACUGAUGAGCUUCUUAAAGCAAAAACCCUGCACAGCAGCUGUGCCUGGAUGUAUUUAAUUUUUUAAAGUGUAGACAUAUAUUUAUGAAUGUGCACUUCAUGGCUUCAAAGCAGCCAACUGACUCUACCUUGUGUUCCUAGAGUAACAUAAUAUACUGUUCAGAAGUGAAGUUUAUUUCAUAGAUUAUUUAUAAGGGCCAAUUUUAAGGAUGCCUUUUUUUUCUGAUUCAAAAGUGAACUUGAUUUUGAAAACCAAGUAAUCAAGAGCAGUCAAGCAGCACAUGGUGAUGUAUACUUGCUAGCACGUGAGUUUGGUGUUUCAUAGGUCAAGUGCUUCCGUAUCUGAUUAGCCAGAUGCUCGGCCUGGUGGGACCAGGGCUUCACAGGGGCCACAAGAUGUUACUAGUCGGAGUAGAAAUAUGUUCUGACAGCACCCGGCUCCGUUCAACUUAAUUCUUGUUUCUGUGUUACUCGCGUGCAUUUGUGUUUCUGCAGAUGAAAGCUGUUCCUAUCAGUGACAGUAUUUGCUCUGGUUUGGUGUUCUUUCCUAUAAGGAGUAUUUGUCAUUUCUAAUUUUAAGUUUUUUUAAAAAAAAUUCAUUGUGCGAAAUUCUCAGUUCCCAUCUUGACAGGUAAGUAUUUGUGUAGAUUUUCCUCAGAAGUACAUUUUUACAUUAUUCAUAUGCUUCCCAGAGAAGCUAAUUUAGUUUAAAAAUAAGGCAGGUUUUGAGGCCUGCUAAUAAUCUAAGCGACCUAAUUAGAAAACUUAAAGUAGGUUUGCUUGUCUUUUAUUCUGUAUGAAGGACUGUUAAUUCCAAGAUGAAAAGUUAAGGAAUGGGCUAAAGAUACAACUAGCCCAUUUUGUAUUUGCAUUCCCUUGUAUUUCCAAAAUAAAUUGAUAAGGUCUUUUUUUUUUUAAAUAACAUCAUCUCCAUUUAUAACUUACAUUAUUUGUCCUCCUUAUACAAGGUAAAGAUGUCACUAAGAGUUGGAUUAUUCCAAGGUCUUUUUCACAAACUGAGCCUCUUUUAAAUUAUUUUAAUGGGACAGGAACCAGAAGACUUGGUUCCUGCAUUUUGUACAUUAAAUCUGCCUUUGUUUCUAAAGGUGGAUCAUCUUGAAUAUUUGCUUAAAAUAAGAAUUGCUAGUGAUUCCACUUCCAAGUUACUUGAAAAAAUGUUAUUCUGUAUACAGUUAAUUGGGAAAUUAGUCUAAAGUGGCUGCUAGUUUAUGUGAGACAUGAACACUAUUUUAAAGCCAACUUUGUUGCCUUAGCUUAAAAAAAGUCUAGGGUAACUUUUUUAGAAUGACAUAGGUAAACAAUGAAUAAUAGUGUCAGGAUUCUAAAACUGACCUAUUUAUUUGGUAGAAGCAGGAAUUCUAGAAGCAAAUGAAUGAGGAUAAGAAUAGGUCAUUCUCCACUCACCUUCCUUUCUGAAUGAGGGAAGGGAAAAGAACGCUGCCUGAGGAGGGGAAGGGGAAGUGGCGUCAUAAAAAGCAGCCUCCAGUUUUUACAUUUUGUCUUUGUUUUGUUUUAUGUUGCUAAAUAAUUGUUUCCUCGGAAACAAGUAGAAAAGCAGGGUUUGAAGGAUUUUAAUUUUUUUAGCAACAUAGACUGUGGUACAGUCAAAUUGUUCAUGUUACCUAAGCAAUAUUUCCAUGAAAUUUAAUUCUAAGUUUGUGGUACAAUCAGAGCCUUUACUUAUUUAAGACAAUAGUAAAUUCACAUCGUGGUAUGUGGCCCUAUUUGCAAGUUGUACUGUAUGCAGUUUCGCAAAGAAGUGAAAAUAAUUUGUUGUACUUUGUAUUCAAUUCUGUACAGAUUUUAAAUUUAUUUUUAUUAAAUAAAUAUUUUAUAGUAUA